AUGGCGAACCAAGGAGCAAAAAAGCGCAAAGAGGAAAAUGCCCGCCAUAUGAAGAAUCUCCUCCGUCUCAUCAUUGCCUCCAAUGCGAUAUAUCUAGUGAUAAGGAUUGGUGUAUUCUACUCCAGUUUCACAUGGAAGCAUUUGGUGGGCCUAAUUUUAACUUCGUUGGCUUACUUUAUUCCUUACCAACAGCUCAACUCCAUGGCCAUGCCCACUUUUAGUGAUGAUGGAGAGCUUCUUGAUGGCGGAUUUGAUAUGAGCACUGGUGGAAUAUGUGGAUAUCUGCAUGAUGUGAUCUACAUUACAUUGUUUGUCCAACUCAGUUCCAUCAUUUCUGAGAAGUUCUGGUACAUCUACUUGGUGAUUCCAGGAUUUGCUGCCUAUCAACUAUUUGGGCUUGUCAAAGGGUUUUUGUCACAUAGUUCAGAGGGGGCCGAGGAAGAUGAAAAGACGAGGAAGAAGAGAGAAAAAAUGGAGAAGAGGGCUUCAAGAACCAAAUUUGUCAAGGCUCGGACAAGAUAA